UAGUUUCUGCAUAUGUACACUUGAGUAGGUUUCGCCGAAGUAAGCGAAAUUGGUGUAGUAUCUUAUCUGAAUUAAUUUCAGAAGUCCAUUCUCACUAGGGGCCAACAGAGAAUUCAGUGUUCAUUUCCAUCUAAGAGAUACGUACAAUAGUGACUUAUUUUAGAACUCGAUAGGAAAUAUUCAGUCGUGGCAGAGCAACAGCAAGCGCGCGAUUUAUUUCGCGUUUUCCAUUCACCCCAGUGCAUGUGGUCGAAUUUCGGUCAGAUGAUAUUCGUGUACGGGUUCGCUAAAAGAAAGGUGAUUCGACGUGCGGAAAAGAUACGUAGUUUUUCAUUAUAAUUUUGUUAGCUCCGGUAAUUGCAUAUGUAAAACGAGUUCCCUUACCAUCUGCCUGUCUGUCUGUUGGUUCUCGGCUUUGAAAUCGCGUGAUUUAGAGCGGAGCACGUUUAUCUAUUUUUCCUGGAUUUCUGGAAAUCAUAAGGCGUAGUUUCACCUAGAAAAAAGCAAGGAAAUUUCAUAGAUAAGGAUAAACUUCUAACCAGAUAUGCCAAAUUCCCUAUGUGACGAGAAAUUUACACUUGAGGCACUAGAUUCACCGCAAAAUGGCUACGACAGUCCCCAAAAAGAAAGUCAUCCAGCAAAUAUACGAAAAAAUCACAUAGCCGCAAACUCAGAGGCUCACGUUGUGGGACGCGAAGCGAACGUGUUGGUCAUUUAUACUGGCGGCACAAUUGGAAUGGUUAGAAAUAAGGCCGGAGCUCUGGAGCCGAUACCUAACAGAUUCGUCUCGGAACUUCGAAAAUAUCCAAACUUGCACGAUACAGAAUACGCCGCAAAGAAAUUUUCCAAUGCAAAUGCCAGAACACCCCUAGUUCUACCAUUGGUUUCAAAGGAACUUAGAAGAAUAAUUUAUAGCGUACAUGAAUAUGAACCGCUGCUCGAUUCCAGUAAUAUGACUUUCCAGGAUUGGUUGCAAAUCGUGGAUGAUAUCUGGCAAUUCUACCAAUGUUUCGAUGGUUUCGUUAUUCUGCAUGGCACAGACACCUUAGCGUAUACCUCAUCGGCAUUGUCCUUCAUGUUAGAAAACCUCGGAAAAACUGUGAUUGUAACAGGAUCUCAAAUUCCAAUUUUUGAAACUCGAACUGAUGGCCGUGAUAAUUUUACUUCUGCAUUAAUAAUCGCCGGGAACUACACUAUCCCUGAAGUAUGUGUGCUAUUCGGGGCCAAGCUUAUACGCGGCAAUAGAGCCACGAAGAUGAACACAUCCUCUUUGGAUGCAUUUGAAUCACCCAAUUGUCCGCCCAUUGCUAAGAUUGGAAUUAAUGUCGAAGUUGACUACCGAUCAAUUUUCCGGCCCUGCAAUGACCUUAAGUUCUCAGCCCAUACGAACUUGAAUGAAAAUGUCGCGUUAUUGCGAUUAUUCCCCAGUAUUUCAACGGCUGCUAUCAAGGCUGCCUUACAACCCCCGAUUGAGGGUGUGGUGCUUCAGACUUUCGGGAGCGGCAACAUUCCGUCGAUAAGAAAGGAUCUUAUGCAGGAACUAAAGUUAGCAGCAGAGCGGGGUGUCAUCAUAGUAAACUGCACACAAUGCAAUGUGGGAUCAGUGGCUGGGAUCUACCAAACGGGGGCAAUUCUGAGCGAAAUAGGAAUUUUGCCGGGAUUCGACAUGACUCCAGAAGCCGCACUUACAAAAUUGGCGUACGUGCUAGGAAAGGAGACAUGGUCAUUGGAUAUGAAGAAACAGAUGAUGCAAUCCAACUUGCGAGGGGAACUGACAUUGUCGAAACCAGCAGAAAUGCAAGAAGAGGAUUUAAUAGAAGCCGUUGCUCGAUCCUUGCGUUUAUCCACACCCAGAGAACUGGAUCAACUGGGAGCAACCUUAUAUCCGGCCAUGGUAAAUACAGCUGUCGUAGCACAGGACACAAAUAAGAUUAAAAAUCUGCAGUCAUACGGAGCAGAUUUGUCCGCUGUUGAUUACGAUCAGCGAACCGCCUUACACGUGGCAUGCAGCGAAGGCUCCUUGGAGGUCGUCAAGUUCCUUAUUCUGAACGGGGUACCAGUCCAUGCGCGUGACAGGCAAGACCGUACACCAUUGAUGGAGGCUAUUUCUAUUGAUCAUCAUGAGAUCAUCAAAUUCCUGGUAAGAUGCGGGGCGCAUAUUACAGGAUCAUCACGAGGUAUUGGGGAACAACUAUGUGCUGCUGCCGCUCGUGGAUUCACCAACCGAUUGCAAUCCUACAAAUUAGCUGGUGUUGACCUAUCCCAAAUCGAUCCUUCGGGAAGGACAGCCCUGCAUCUGGCUGCUCUGCAUGGCCAUGUAAAUACUGUGAUAUUUCUCCUCGAAAACUCGGUCGAUGCGAGUGUUCAAGAUCUUCUGGGGUUGACACCUAUUGAUUAUGCAAAGAAAGGGAGUUAUCCGGAAGUGGUAGAGUUAAUAGAAAAACAUUUGGCUUUGGAUCCGUGAAAUGCAAAUCUUGACUAGAAUGCAAUGGGGUCAUCCCCUAAAUUUCUGGUUUUUUCUUAAUUUAUGAUAUCGUAGAUCUCUAAACAAACUCGAAGAUUCAUUGCUCACAUAUGUAAUUCAUUUGUGUACUAAAGCAUUUAAGAAAGAAAUCCAAAAGUACUUACAUGUAUGGCUUUUGAUAACAUUUUAUGAUGACUUACUUCAUUUGUCCAAAAGUGAAAGUACACGCAAACAAGAUAUAUAUUUUGAUAAUCUUAAAUGGCUGAAAUGUGAAAACGAAUUAAAACAAAUUUUAUCUUUCAUUGGAAAAAUAAAUCGGCACAAAACA